AGCCUUUGUUUUUUCUGGAUGUUGUGUCCCAUCCUGGUGUGUUUCGCCCAUGGCGUCCUUCCCAAAGCUCUCGGCAGCUACAAAGGAUGCGCCCUUAAACGCGGAAAAAUUGAGAGCCUUGCUGGACUCGAAGACCAUGGAGAAGUUGUUUGAAGAACAUCCUGACUGUAUUUUGCCUGAGAGCGCUUGCCGAUCAGGACAGCGGCCAAAGGGCCUUGGCGCCAAAGCCCCCUUCGGCACUGCGCGGCUGCGGGAGAUGGCGCAGGCAGCGGAAAACCGCUUCCCACACGCGUGUGAGCAUGCUGCGGCAGGCGCAUUUUGAAGAGCCGGUGCUGCGGGCGAUCGAUGCACAUUGGUUCGACGAAGACGCUUGGAGCCUCGAAGAGAGCAAGGAGCUCUUUGAUUUCCUUGCAGCUUUGGAAUAUCCACUGGGUGACCAGUGCACUACACUGCAGGUGCUGCGCGCGUGGGCACGU